UGCAUCUCUUUGUUUUUUGAAAUGAAAAAGAAUGCCUCAUCGGCAUUUGGUAAUAUCUACAUCAUGCGUCUUAACGUCACAAAAGCAAUUAGUUGGAUCAGUCAUCUGAUGUGUCUUGUCCCGAUUCUGGAUUCUCGUUAGGUUGCAGGUUUUACAUAAUUCGACCAAAUAAAGACAAAGAAAAACAACAAGAAAAGAAGAGAAGAGAGAUGAUUACGAAAAACUCGCAUAAAGAAAACAAAAGUUUUGCUGUCGUCUAAGAAGCCUUUUUGGAAGCAAAGAAAAAAAAGCUCGGUUUGUCGAACAAUGGAUUAUGAUGUUUUACCAUCAGGGACGAGAAAAACUGGUGAUGAAUACCACAGCAUUUCCUUCGUGAUCAGACCAUGGUUACCUGAUAGCUAUCCGAAAAUACCUUGACAACAUCCUUUUAUUGAUUUCACAUUUUAAAAAAGGAUUUUCAUGUGAACAUGAUGGGCUUGGCAUGUCGGUUACUUUUAAGUGAUUUCAUGCAGCUCAGUUUCCUUUCCCGACGCGUUUCCGAGAGCCAUAGAGACAUUUUCAUAGCUAAAUAGAGGGAAAUUUUGUACAAUCCAACGUCACUUGCGUAAGUCAUAAUUCCGUUAGCCAUUUGCCUUGUUUCAUGACGAUGGUGUUGAAAAAAAUCAUUUUCAAAGCUAAAGCCUUUUUGUGUACUCCAUUGCAAUGAAAAUGGAGAAAGUUGCAGAUUUAUUAGCAAAGAUCUUGUUGAAAUGCCGUCUUAGAACAUUUCUUUUAGUAUUCUAGGAAAUGUUAUUGAUCAACGACCAUGUGAAUAGUUGCUUUUUUCCUCACUUGAAAAAUAGCCUGAAAGAAAGUUCAGAGAUAUGCAGAUUACGAGAUUAGACAUCAUUUUGCCAAUUCCUUUUCAGUGUACUCGUUUAGCAAAGGCUUUAAGACUGAAAAUUUUUUUCUCCCCUUAACAUUUGCAUGAAAAUUGGAAAAUAUUUAUAUGUCAAGGACCAGAUGACGUUUCAUACGGUACGUUUAUUCAAUAAUUUCUCCAACCCUUCCCAAGCCGCUUUUUUUUUUUUUGCUUACGAAACAAAGUUUGUAACCCGUUUUGAUUUUUUUCUUUUUGUUUGUGCGCACGUGCCACUUGAUGAUGCAGUGCGCAGCUCUUGCCGGGAUGUCAAGAUAGAGUCGUCCCGCACAUUCGAUAUAAGUGUGGGUUGGCAGACAACAAAAAAAGAUAGAAAAUGCGAGGAAGUUAUAAUCUUCUGCUGUGCACUCGACAUCCUUCACUCAGCGAUCGACUUUGAAGCCGGCUGAAAGUUCCGGUUCACUCAUUGGAAUAGAUAAAACAAAAACGUGUGACAGUGAAACAUUAAACAUGCCGAUUGAUUUGGCUGAACAUCGCGAGAACACCAGUCAUUUCCCUUCUGGUGACUUACCGGACAAAUUCCAGUCGAUCUUUGAUCCUUGGGGUGACUACGUCUUCGCAAUCGUCAUGAUUGUUAUUGGUAUUGCAUCGCUAUUGGGCAACGGAUUGGCCGUUCACGUCUUCCGCCGCAAAGGCACCGACAUCAAUGUGCCCGAAGUCCUGCUACUCAACAUUGCAGUCGUCGACCUCUUUCUCGGUAUAGCAUCUUAUCCGGCUACCAUAGUGGCAGCCUUCUCGCAUCGAUGGCUGUUUGGACAAACAGGGUGUACUUUGUACGCAUUCACGUGCUACUUUUUCGGCUUGGCCACCAUAUUGUCACUGACUGCGCUGGCUCUCUUCCGCUUUAUCAAGACAUGCUUCCCUCAGCGAGCCCAGUGGAUAACCGUCCCGAGAACUCGACUAGUCAUCUUCCUUAUUUACGUCUAUAGCAUGUGCUGGGCAAUGAUGCCUUUCUUCGGUUUGGGAGGCUACGAUGUCGAACCGUUUGGUAUCUCCUGCACGCUGGCCUGGACUCAUACGAAUCAAAACGACAAGAAUUACAUCUUGGCAGCCAGCAUCUUCUGCGUGUUUCUACCUUCUGCCGUUAUCAUCGUCAGUCAUUUGGCCAUCUUGUUUAAAAUUCGCCAAGCUAGCCAAAUGUUUUCAAGCAAGUCGGCAGGCAAGCAGAGCAGCAAAGCGGAAAUUCAAUUUAUCCGGGUCUCAUUUGGCGUCUGUUUCGGUUUCCUUAUUGCCUGGUUACCAUAUGCUUGCAUCUCGCUCUGGUCCGCGUACGGUGACGUUUCUGCUAUACCUCUAUGGAUAACACCGAUUCCUGUUUUAUUAGCCAAGUCGUCGAUCGCUUAUAACCCAAUCAUAUACGUCCUGCUGACGCGCCGCUACAGGGUGGAUUUUGCCAAAGCGUUGCGGGAUCUGCUUCAUUUCUCAGUCGACAAGAGUAAUCGAAACAUGACUAAAACGGAACCAACUGAUCAGAUUGAAAUGGGAUCCCUUGCGAAUGGCGAUAUAAAUACGAGAGAUGAAUCAACUGUCACAGCAGCCGAGAUUCUUGUCGGAGCCGGAAACAACAUCGAAAGAAAUAGUAUGGAAGAAGUUGUCCGAGUUUAAUGGUAGCUCCUUUCCUUUCUGUUCCAUAUUAAAGAAAAAGAAGUUUGGAAAAUAUCCUAAACCAUAUCCGUUUUAAUCAAUCUCUCUGAGACGAGGUUGCCUCCAAUUGAUUUUGAUGUGAUUCAACAGUGGUUUAAGAGGUCCACGAAUAAAACCUCCGUACCUUGAUAUUGUUACGUGUGCUCAUCGUAUCCUGUAAUAAAAAGAUGACCUUAAACCCCUUUACCAUUCCCCAAGAAAGUAUAGAAUUAUUGCUCAUUGUGUUUCACGUGGAAUGUUAGAGAUCUUGUAUCGCGUCCAUCCUGCAAAGUGGCCAUGUGAGACGUAACAAUGCACAGCACGUUUUGUGCAAGUUGUUGUUCGCCAGUUUCUUUUUCCCUGUGGUUAUUUACUAUUCAUUCGGGAUAUAAUGAUAUUCAAGACAUUAUUAUUAUUGUUUAAUUUUCCGUGCAUGUUUUACAUCCUUCGGAACAGUAUUUGGGGUUUUUGUACCCCCGCACGUAUUUCACUAUUGAAUUGCUCUUGUGUAUGCGGAGUCCUGGUUUCCUACGUGUGUAUUGCAUGUCGAUUUUAGAUUUUGACAUAUUUUAAUAGAUUAAAAAGGUACCAUUUGCCUGUUGACAGACUGCGUUUCGUAUUUACGAAGAGGACUGCAUGAAUGCAAGAGAACUAUGAGAAUAAAGAAAAUUUAAAUCA